AUGUCGAACAACACUUCUCAAAUAAGUUAUGAUGUUUUUGUGAGCUUUAGAGGUGUGGACAUCCGUCACGGUUUUCUUAGUCAUUUGACUAAGGCUUUUCCCCAAAAGCAAAUAAACGCUUUUGUAGAUGAUAAACUUAAGAGGGGAGAUGAUAUAUCGCCUGCACUUCUUGAAGCAAUUGAAGGAUCAUUCAUUUCAUUGAUCAUAUUCUCAGAAAACUAUGCUUCUUCACAUUGGUGUUUGGAUGAACUUGUGAAAAUACUUGAGUGCAAAGAGAAAUUUGGACAGAUUGUAAUACCUGAUUUCUACAAGUUAGACCCUUCAGAUGUACGACAUCAAAGGAAGAGUUAUAAAAAUUCACUCGUUGAACAUAAAAGGAAGUAUAAUUUGUACAAGGUGGAGCUAUGGAGGCAAGCUUUAAACAAAUCUGCUAAUUUAUCAGGAAUUAAGUCAUUGGAUUUUCAGUAA